AGUUGCCUACGAAGUACGAAUCGUUGGAACUUGGAAUCGUCACGACUCGGAAACACGCAAUCGUUCUCACGACUCUUUUGAACGACGAUUCGUCCGUAUCACGAUUCGAUUCUUACGAUUCUUUAUUUAGAGUCGUUCAAAUGAACGACUCAUUCACGAAUCGCUACAACUCUAAUGUUCAGUCUUUGCGAGCGGGAGGCUGUGUAACUGUGCGUGAAGCUGAGGUUCUGUUUCAACAUAUUAAGGCUGUCCACAUCUAGACCAAGUGUCAGGAUCAAUGAGGCAUGUCUUAGCUUCCCUACAAAGUUCUGUGGUUUUUUAUCUUUAAGUGGAGUGCGGCAGAUGUUGUGGCCUCUUGGUUCAGUGCGUGCCACCUAAGACUGUGUGGAAUAUGUCUGCCAAAAAAAGAGUGAGGCUUCUGGAGGCAGCUUACGAUGGAGCUGUGGAAGAGCUGAAAGAACUGCUGUGUGUGGGGAUGGACGUAGGGUUGAGGGACGAGCACGAGAUGACCGCCCUGCACUGUGCGGUGGAAGGCGGAAGUGUGGAGGCGGUCAGAAUUCUCCUUGACAGUGGGGCAGACGUGAAUGCCAGGAACCAGGAGUGGGACACGCCGCUGCACAUCGCUGCGUUCUUCGGCUACGUGGCCGUCGUGCGGCUGCUGCUGUCAGUGUCGGCGGACCCGAGUCCCAGCUGCCAGAAAGGGUGGACGCCACUGCACUGGGCAGCACAGGAGGGGCACGCCGAGGUGGUGGCCGCACUUUUAAGUGCGGGAGCAGACAUGGGCAUCAGGGACGUAGAGGGGAGGACGCCGCUGGACCUCGCCAGGCAGUACGGCAGAUGGGAGCUGGUCACUAUUCUCACAUAAGGGCGUCAGUUUACUAUGUGUAUGAGUAGCUAUCAAUUGCACUGAUAACUAGAGACUGGAUUAUGGGUAAUGUAAAAGGUCAAAAUAUAUGUACAAAUUGCUUAAAAUAUGCACGACAAAUGUUGAAACGUACAAGAUAAAGCAAUAAAAAACAUAGCAGUUACUGUGUGCAAUAUGUCUCAAAGUUGGACCUGUGCAUUUCGAUUGCAAGAAAGAGCGCUGGACACAUGAAAAAUUUGGACAUUUAGAAUGGUUGUUUCGUGACUUGUAUACUUUGUGGUAGAGGUUUGGCAGUGUCGUGUUUGAGAUUAGUUUUUAAAAACUGCAAAAACAAGAUGCACAUUAUGUUUCAAUAGCUGCAAAACGAUUGACAUGCACAGGUCCACCUUUAAGAUAUAUUGCACACGGAGGAGCACGGAUGAGAAAUUUGCGAUAUUUUAUUUUAGAAACAACAUACAAUAAGGAAUUUUUUGAAGAACAUUAACAUUUAAAUAAUAUUAUUGGACUAAAGAA